CCCAAAUAAUAAUAAUAUUUACAUUGACUGAAACAUGGAGCGAAUUCUCGAAAUAUUUUCAAGGUGUGCGUCGGUUAAUUGCCCGCCAGGUAUUAAAGGUCUUGGAGGUGUAUAAGUGUUGAGGUAUCUUAAAAGGUACCAGCAAAAGCGGCUCCGCUCCCGCCUAUGAAACCGCCCAUGAAGUCCUGAGAGUUGAACGAGCCGUUUUUGUGAUGUUCUAUUUCGUUGGGGCAUUGAAGUAUAGUCGUGGCAACCACAAGGUCGGGAAGGAAUGCAAGAGCGGAUGGUCCAACCUCGAGACUACUCCUAUUCGCCUUCUGGUGAACGGCACCGACUGGCUGACCAUCGAGGAGGAUCUGCAGUUUCUGAGUCCCUCAUUGUCUGAAUUACCCAUCAUUACUGACCUGCAACCCAAUACCAUUUUUGGCGAUGAAGGUAAAUCUAGUGCCUCGGAGCAGGAUAGAGCGCGUCCUUUGCCGAGGAAGUCAGUACCACAGAACGUGGAGGCAGUAAGUUUUCCUCUCCUGGUCAGAGUGGUCGUAAGGGAUCCAGUUCUUGAGAUCUAUCUCCUGCUGACGAUGAAGACGAAUUGUGGGAAGGGAAUGCCACCCAAUAACGGCAACAGUCGCGCCAGACGCGUCCGAGAUGAAGGUUUUUUUCUCUUUCUUCGGGGUGGAAACGGUGAAGACUGCACGGCCAUGAGCGUCCGAGAUGUUCGAGUUCAAGAGCUUGUCAUUCGAAGCAGAAAAAAAGAAAAACGAUGGCUGGGGCUGUGCAGGGUAGCCUUUGUCCGCCUUCUGAGGGUACGGAGGGCAUUGUUGUUAAUUGGCCAGGCGGUGGGACCGGACCACCAACGUUCUGAUAAGGAUUGUAUCCAUUAGACGUGGGCGAUUGGACUUGCUGGGGGCCCCGGUUACUUUGGUAUUGUGGGGCGCCACCCUGAACCCACCGUGCGGGAGCUCCUCCAGUGGGACACUGAACCCAGUACGGAUUGGGAGAGUUUUGGUUUUGGAAAGGAGCCUGGCCAGCAGGAUCAGUGUUUUGUUCAUUAGACA